AAGAACUUCAAAACAACUUCCCAACGAUACGGACCACCUACCAAAUUUCGUCCUCUUCCAUCGGACUCCGAAUUUAAACCAAUCCUUAAUCCCAUACUCGCCAGAUGGGUAUCGAAAUCGUGAAGCAGCUGCUCUACGGAACGGCGCUACUGACUGCAAUCAUGGCGGCUCCUUUGGUCACGCUGGAGUUGGACGUGGUCGUGAACGAAAGUGACCAGCACCCUACGAAAGCUGGCUAUUUGGGAAUUUUGUUCUACGCAAGCGUUUCACUUGUCCUAACCGCCAUGGCAUUGAUGCCCCACCAGGUGACCUCGGCGGGAUGGCGAAAGCGGAAUUCGAUGAAGAUUUUCCUGGCAAUGCUUCCCUGGAUGCUUCUGUGCUGCAUUCAGUUCCUGAUAAACGUGAUGCUGCAGCUCAAGGAGAUCUUCAACGUGGCGAGCGGGAGACGCCAAAAGAGCUUGGUCUACGCCCUGUGCUUCUACUGCGGCAUUUUUGGCUUGGCUCUGGAGCAGAUGCUCCACUGGAACGUCGUUUACCAUUUGAUGACCGACGGGAUAACAACAAGCAUCUCCCACAUCCGACUGCCGUUAAUGCUAUGAUAUACAAUCUUUCAAAAAAUCGUUUCCCUUUGAAAACAUACGUUAGAUUAUUCUAACCGAAUUACAGUAGUUUGAUCAAUGCAAUCAUAAACUGUGAACAUGCUGUGCUUUACAAAAUGUUGGUUUGAGAUUUGUAAAUGUAUUUCUGUUUUAAGCUGCUAUAUACACACUAA